AUGAAUUUGUAUCAAUGUUCUCUACAUAAGAACAACAACGAAUACUCUAAUAGUACAUACACUUGGUAUGGUAUUGGGCUAUCGUUUUACGACGACCACGACACAUUUCAAGAGUCCAAUAAUUUAGUGAAGGCCAUACUUAGUUUCAUUCUCGGCGUGUCAAUGGUUCUGAGCCUUGUUGGAAAUACUUGCACGUGUGCUGUUAUAACACGAGAAAGAUCUAUGAAGAUACCAACUAAUUAUUACUUACUAAACUUGGCUAUAACAGAUCUCAUGACGGCCCUUUUCGUUCCUAUUGAGAUAUACAUCAUAUGGAUUAAAGACCAGUAUCCGUUUAGUGACGAAGGAUGUAGAUUACAUUUUUUGAUAUGGGAUGUCCUGAGCAACUGUAGUGUGCUUACAAUUCUUGCGUUUACAAUAGAACGCUACCUUGUAAUAUCGAAACCGUUUCUCCGACAACGACUAGCGUUAAAUUCACGUGUUUUCAAAAUAAUCACGGUUAUCUGGAUAAUUGCGUGUAUGUUCUCAGUACCUAAUGUAUUUUUCGCUUAUUUGAUAGAGCGAAAAAAUAAUACUUAUUGUUGUCUCACUGUGGCAGAGGAAAAAAUUAUCAUCAUAGCAGCUCAGCUCAUUGUGUUUUUCGUGGUGCCUAUGACAGUGAUUUUCGUGUUGUAUAUUUUGAUAGCGUUAAAUUUGAAAUCGCAAUCCUCUCACCCCGCCUAUGGAGCUCACAAUAAAAACAAAGCUGUGAAGAUGUUGGCGGCAGUUGCGGCAUCGUUCUUCAUUUGUUGGUCACCAUACUUCGUUCUCCGUCUCCUAAUAUUGUUUCCAAAACGGAACACGGGAUCUUAUUUCAACAUGGAACGCGCAUUCUUAUAUUUAAGUACUAUUAACAGUUAUCUCUCGACGGCAAUCAACCCCAUUCUCUACAGCUUAAUGUCGCGGAAAUUCCGUAACGCUUUUAAGGACUUGCUCAAAGGUAAAAAGUCAUCCGGGCAGAACAGAACUAAUGGAAAGUUGAACUAUCGCUACGGACAAAGUAACAACAUACCACUUACUUUAUAUAAACCGCAUUAUAUAUAAAUGUACAAAAGAUUAUUUACAGUAUUCAUUUUUAAGCGAAAAUUCGUGUUUAAAAAUGUUUGUGUACUCGACAGUUAACUGAUAAAUUAAGCUUCCAUAAAUCAUUCUUAAUCGUUAUUCGGAAACUCGGCUAUU